UCAGAAUGUCAAAUCGGUUGCCGACAGAUUAGAGCCAGCGAGUUUACUGUGAUUGGUUAAUGGUUUGCGGACAUAACUUAUUUAUCAAUAGUCUACUGGUGCAAGACCCAAUAUCGAACUGAUCCAAUUCCAGAGAUCAAACAACUUGACAGUUUAUUACGGCGGAAAAAGCUGUUUGGCAAGCGUCUUGGCCACGUCCGUGUGGAUUUGACAAGUAAUAGGUAACGUACUUAAGAACUUUUCAAGAACGUUUCGGCGCUCAAAUUGCGAAAAAUGAAAAUGUCCAGCCUUGGCCUCAGCUUCAAAUCUAGACUUUUGAUAAAAAGUGUAGCUGGGAAACGAACAUUUCACAAUAUGAAAAUAAGCUAAUUGAUUCUGCUCCCAUCAAGCAUCAUUUAAUUUAGAGUAAAGUAGCUUCCUGCUAUAAAUGUAGCAUGUUUGAUAAUUCAUUUUGAUGUAGGUGUUAUGAAUACGAAUGGUCACCCCUCAUGUGUACUCCGAGGCUAAAAAAUAGUUAUCCAAGAUUUUUUUACUGUUACUCAACUUCACGUUCAUUUUUGUUUCAAUGAACGCCAUUUCAAAGAUUAAGUAAUUUUCUACAAAAAACUAGCUAAUAAACGUUCGCAGUGUAUGUAUUUACCCUUUCAGACUUUCCUUUCCGUAAAUUAUCGCGAUGGAAUAAUGACGAAUUUUCACUUUUGUUUAAACGCCUCCACUUUAAUAGACGAGAUGAAUGGCAUGUUUUAAUUCACAGGGCGAUGAAUAGUGCAAAGUCAUUAACUGCACCUCUUAUAAGUGACACAAAUUUUCAUGUUCAACUUUACUUUUCUUUAUUUAAUAAAAAAGUGAAGACAUCUGGCACCACAAUUAACAGCUUUUCGUCACGUUCAAUUCUAUCCAUUUUACCUACACAGAAAAAGACAUCAAAAAAUUCGAUAAGCGCAGGACUAAAUGAUAUCUGUGUUUAGAAGACUUCAAAGAGCCAAGCGUUUCCAAGAGUGAUUUCGGAUCUCUCUGACUAGUGUGAACCAUUAGUAACAUCGCUGCUUGCUUUUUCAAUGCGUUAUCCUCAACGUCUCUACAGAGGUACCUUGCUAAGGUAACCUAACAAGCUUGUUCACGAAAGACAUAGGCGACUCUACAUUGCUAUCAUUGCCUCGUUGUCAAUUGACUAAGGGAAACUAUAGGCAAAGCUAUAUAGCUAUGGAUGCUGGCAGAAUGCAAGCUCUGCUUUGCUCGGGUUAUUUAUCGAGAGGGUAUACGUUUUUCUUUUCUACGAUAAACGUUUUCCUCUCUAUUGCUACAGUUCUAGGGAAUGCAGUGAUCCUAGCUGCGCUGCGCAAAGAAUCGUCUCUCAAUUCGCCAUCAAAGCUUCUAUACAGCUGCCUCGCUGUCACUGAUCUUCUGGUUGGUCUGAUUGUGGGGCCAGCCGCUGCUGUACAUUUCACUAUGUGGAGUAUUGAUAUUGGCCAGAUGGUGGACCUCUGUGCGUACUCUGCCGCCAUCAGCAUUCUCAGUUUCACAAUUUUGACUUUAGUGUCAUUGAUAACGUUGACAGCAAUAAGUGUGGACAGACUUCUCGCUCUGUCGCUAGGGCUGAGAUACAGACACGUUGUAACUAUGAAGCGAAUUCAAGUAUUACUCGUCUGUGUUUGGAUUCUCAGCAUUUCGUAUACAUUGAUGAUGCCGUUAUGGAAUUAUAGUAUUGCUAAAAUCUGUGGGUACACUUUACAAUCAGUUUGCCUUGUGGUGUCGGCGUUUUGCUACGCGAAAAUCUUCCUUACACUCCGACAUCAUAAAACUAAGGUGCAAGUACGGGUUCACCAAGGACAACCGAAUGGAAGAGGAAUACCACUUAACAUAAAGCGAUACAGAAAAACAUUAUCAGCUGCAGUGUGGGUCCUGAUAACGUUGGUGGCCUGUUAUCUCCCACAUAUUGCAGUCACGGCUCUGUUUUCAAUUUAUGGCCUCUCUCCACUUUUACGAACAAUGUGGGGGCUAUCAGGAAUUCUUGUUUUUUUAAUCUCAUCUUUAAACCCGCUUCUUUAUUGCUGGAAAAUGAAACAAGUGAGGCAAGCAGUUAAGAUCACGAUAAGACAGGCAUUAUGCUUGUCGGAUUAAUCAGUUAACCAGGAUUCAUUUCUUAACUUAGCCCGGCUUUAUACCUAAUCUGUCCACAAACGUUUAUUUUUUUGCUGCGAGUUAUUUUUCUUCGAGCGCACGAGCGAGCGAGCGCGCGAGAGCGGCUUUCCACAGGGUCACCCCCUUGAAUACUUUUGCUUACGAUCUCGACGAACUCAGGACAAAAUAGUGGGCUUAUGAACAGACUAGCCCCACCAACGGUAAUGUGUUUUCUUUUGUAUAAACGUAAAAAUAUUUGAUGAAUGGGCUCACGGGCUGGAAGAAGGGAUUUAUCCUAAAACUUCCAGGAGCUCAGUUGUUUAUCUUGCGCGGAAGGUUUUAUGUGUCAACUUCGUAUCCAUGAUAUACGACAUUGCCAUGGCAACCACAAAUUCAAAUUUUAGCUAAGCAGGAUGUUUUAUCUUUUUUUAACAUAAUUCUUCUUUAUUUAAUCACUAAUUUUCCAAUUUUCAUUUGUACGCGUCAUUACCAAUUUGGAUUAGCUUUUAAUGAUUAGCGUUGGCGCAAUUUCUAUGAUUUGAAACGGAGGUUAAGUAUUCUUGUUGUUACUGAAGCCGUGUUGCAGUAUUGAUUGGGUCCACAGCCCCAUUAAUAUCCAGGGCUUAUUGUACCAUUUUCUUGUUUACUUUUCAUUAUGGGUUAUUAAGUACCAGAAAAUUUUCUUACUGUUAGAAUUUCUAUUGAUGUAAACUGGCCUGGUCUGUAAUAAUCAAGACAACACCAGUUGACAAAGAGAAAUUCAGACUACCUAUUUAUUAAGAAUCAAAACUGUCAUACAUUUUUCCAUGGUAUGGCACUAUCAUUCCUUGUGUACUGGUAAUGCGUCUUAAGUGAAGGACCACUAAUAUUUAAAGUCCAAUCAAAUAAUCUUUAUUUCUCACAAAUUAAAACAGCGAGAAAGUAUGCAUUGGUAAACAAGUAUGUACAUUUAGUUAUAGUCUGGAACUGUGUAAAUACAAAAUCAAAAUAAUAUUAUUCCUCAACUUAUUAAAUAAAAAUUAUGUUAGACAUGAUCAGUAGAUAAUGAUCAUCUACAAUGUAACAACUCAAAAACAACUCAAUAAAGUAAUCUAAAAUUGAAGCAUUGCAUUUGGGUCUUUGAAUUUAAAACCCUAUAGUCCCAAGAGGAAUCAAAAUCAAGUUUUUCCCUUUCUAAACCAAUACAUAAUCAUCGACAAAAAACCCACGAAAAUUGACCAAACAAUCAACAUUUGACAACUUGCCUUGAAGUUGAAGCAAUUCACCUGUAGUGUAAGAAACGUAUGGAGACAAUUAAGGACGACUUUUAUGUUGAACAAAGGAGCCCAAAGUGUUAAUGCACAUAUCACCAGCUUCCAGUUCUUAGGAAUAUGUAAUAAAUAGAGAGGGUCUGGAAGGGGUCUUUGCCAAUGGUUUGAGCAAUUCAAGACUUUCUCAGAGAUUAACAGUUUGUAAAGGUAUAAUAUAAAUUCACAGGGCUGAUUGAGUUAAAUUGUCAAUGCCUUUGUGCAAUAGAAAUGGAAUCUAGGAGAAUUCCUCUUUUAAGCUUUCCCCUUCAUAUAUAGGUGGCCUAUAUUUUACCAGGGUUUGACAUCAAGAGGAAGCUGCUGAGACAUGUACGAUAUAUGUAUAACCUAACCGAAACUUCUGCUUUACAAUGCAUACAGGGCUACCUCUUUUUAGCAAUGCUAAAUGUUUGAGAUUAUCUCGUAGGGACUGGUCAGCUGCCACAACUUUACCUGAUGUGGCCAAGUCCUUUUCAAAUUUUCCUCUGAAGAAUUCCUUUGUUCUGGUGUUGCACAGUUUAUGAGGCAUGUCACUCUAAACCUUGUCGAUUACAUUAGACUCUACAUCCUUAACUGAUGCUUUACACUUCUCCGCUGACCAUUUGAAGGAUUUCAACAAUUGAUGAUCAUUGUAAACAUUGAAGUGAACAGCUUCCAAAAAGUUGCUCUUGUAUUUCUUCAAACUUCGCUCUUUUACAUAUUCUCUGACGACAGGUUUCUUUCACAGGUCACCAAAAAAUAUGCCAAAACGUCAUAAAACAGAUGCAUACAAGUGCGUCCCAAGUGUAACUAUAACAGCUCUUUUCUGAA